UGAUGCUGCACACUAGGCGAGCACAGUCUGCAUUCAUCAGCCCUCUGAGGAGUAGGUGGGAGAGCCAGGUGUCUGCAGCUGGCCUGAAGAGACACAAAUCAUGACCCAAGAGCGACUGUGGCAGGUCCUGGAUCCAUCCUGGGGAGACCUCCGUGCCCUCUUGGCUCUGCUGUGCAGCUCAGCUGCAGCUGUGGGGCUCCUGAGAUGGCUGGGAAGGAGGCAGGUCCAGCAGAAGAUGGAUGAGGCAAGGAGGUCUCGGCACCUGGCCCUGGAGAGGAUGGAGAAGGCAGCUCACAGGCUUAAACAAGAGAACCCAGGCACCCAGAGCUCCCAAAUCCUCUCGCUGACCAUGGUGGAGCUGGCAGAGAAGCUGAAGGAGAGGUCCCUGUCCCCAGAAAGUGUCCUCUACUCCUACAUGGACAAGGCUUUGGAGGUGAAUCGGGAGGUGAACUGUGUGACAGACUUCAUCCAUGGAUGUGAGGAUCAGCUCCAGGAACUGAAGAAGCAAAAGGAGAAGGGGCUGCUCUAUGGCAUUCCCAUCAGCGUCAAGGACCACAUUAACUGCAAGGGCCACAUCUCUUCUGGAGGGAUGGUGAAAUUUCUGGGCCAAGUGAAGGAAGAAGACAGCGUCAUUGUCCAGGUCCUAAAGCACCGGGGAAUCCCCUUUGUGAAAACCAACAUCCCACAGACCAUGAUAAACUACGACUGCAGCAACCUCAUCUUUGGGCAGACCUUGAACCCUCUGAACCCCCAGAAGAGCCCCGGGGGCUCCUCGGGAGGGGAGGGAGCUCUGAUUGCAGGGGGAGGCUCCAUCCUGGGCAUGGGCUCGGAUGUGGGCGGCAGCAUCCGCCUGCCCUCCAGCUUCUGCGGGCUCUGCGGCCUCAAACCCACGGGCAACAGGAUCAGCAAACAGGGAGUCGUUGGUGCUCUCAUGGGAAUGCAGUCAGUGACAGGGCUGCUGGGGCCCAUGGCACGGGACGUGGACAGCCUGGCCCUGUGCAUGAAGGCUCUGCUCUGCCAGGAGAUGUUCCAGCUGGACCCCACCGUGCCCCCCAUCCCCUUCAAUGACCAGGUUUACAGCAGCUCGGACCCUCUUCGUGUCGGGUUCUACGGGGAUGGGUACUUCCAGCCCUCGCCCAGCAUGAUUCGGGCUGUGCAGCUCACCAGGCAGCUCCUCCAGGAUGCAGGCCACACGCUCGUUCCCUUUGCCCCGCCAAAGAUUGACUACAUGGUGGAUGAGCUGUUCACCAGAGGGAUUUUCUCGGAUGGGGCCGCCCACCUGGUGGACUGCUUCAAAGGAGACAUGGUGGAUCCCAACCUGAAAUCCCAGUACAAUACUUACAGGCUUCCUGCUCUGCUGAAAAGGAUCUUGGCUAUCAUUCUGAAACCCAUAUACCCACGCAUUGCUCGGGAUCUCGGUGCUCUCUGUGGAGUGGGGUCUGCCAAAAACCUCUGGGAUCAGCACAGAGCAGUGGCGGCUUACCGCAGGGAGUUCAUCACCAAAUGGAGGCAGCUGAGGCUGGAUGUGAUCCUUUGUCCCAUGCUGGGGCCAGCCUUCAACCAUGGCUACGCUGGGAAGCUCUUUGCUGCAACCUCCUACACCCAUCUGUACAACGUGCUGGACUUCCCUGCCAGGGUGGUGCCGGUCAGCGCGGUCACAAGAGCCGACGAGGAGGAGCUGAAGCAAUACCGAGGGCACUACGGGGACCCCUGGGACAGGAGGCUGAGAGAGGCUGUGGAAGGAGCCGUGGGCAUGCCCGUGGCCGUGCAGUGCGUGGCCCUGCCCUGGCAGGAGGAGCUGUGCCUGCGCUUCAUGAGGGAGGUGGAGGCUCUUGCCCGUGGCACCAAGAGAAGUGGGUGAUUUCUGGGAGCCAGCCUUGUCACUGACAUAUUCUAUGAAGAAUCCUUUCAUUAGGAUCUUUUAUCCAUGUUUUGCUGCUCUGGAAUGUGAUUCGGAGAAUUGUUUACCCAGCAUGGGAAAUUGUUUUUACUUGGUGACCAGUGACAGCCACCUGUGUCUAGCC